AUGUGCGACUUUGAAGAGUUCGUCUUCACCUGCGGCUGCUCCGAGCAGCGCCUCAAGUCCUACUGCCACGCGGCACGCAACGACCCCGAGCGCCGCUGCCGCAACGUACGCAAGCUCCGCAACAUCUGGGACCAGAACGUCGAGUGCGAGGAGCACUGGAGGCAGCGCAACCAGUGGCUAUGGGCACAGCACCAACAGAUGCUGCUUCAGCAGCAGCAACAGCAGCAGCAGCAGCAACAUCAACAACAGCAUCAGUGA